GUUCCCUUUUUGUUGUCAAACAAAAAAAAAGUCUCUACCCUUGGCCCCCUCAGAUCGAUCGGUCUUGUAGACGCCACCGGGACCGAACAUGGCACCGUCGCGACGCCGCCGGAGACCGCCGCCCUUGCUCCACAGUAAACGAGGAAUCAGCAUGCAAGGCAGCGGCGGCGCGACCAUCUUGGACGACCUACCCUAGUGGGUGGUCGUCCACGAGAUCCUCGUCCGGCUGCCUGUGAAAGACGUGCUCCGCUGCCGCGCGGUCCGCAGGUCGUGGCGCGGCGGCACUUCCACGGACGCCUUCGUCCUGGACCACCAUCGCCACCAGCCCUCGCUCCCCAUCGUCAAACACGAAGACGGCAUCUGCCGCGUCGUCAGAGCCUCCAACAAUGAUCUAAAGAUACGGCCCGUCCUCCGGUACACACACAACGGCGUUAUACACCGUGCCACCUGCGAUGGCCUCCUCAUCGUGCGACACCAAUAUGAUUUCUACGUCUGCAACCCGGCCACCCGCAAGUGUGCCUCCCUGCCAUAUCCUCCACGACGACCAAACUUCUGGAUCAGCGUAGCCGGGUUCUACCGGCACCACACAUCUAGAGAACACCGAGUGCUUUGGGUGUCAUACCCCUCAUACACGAUGCCCGAUGGGAGCGACGUAGCAAUUGAGUUGCUUGAGUAUUUCGUCCUCACGGUCGGAUCGGAUCAGCCAAGAUGCAUCCAGUGGCCGACAGUUCCAGAACAAAGGUUUAUUCCUGCUAUUUGGUUCUAUCAUUGCCCAGCAGUGCACCAUCGUGGUAGCCUGCAUUGGGCAAUGGGUCUCAACAUAACGGUAUUUGACACCAUAGCCGAGACAUUCCGGCAGAUGAGCCGCCCAACACAGCUGGGCGAUACGGCGUCAUUGGUGGAUAUGGAUGGCGCCCUAGCUUUGUGCCGCACCUCCUCUGAAUGUGUCACUACUUUAGAUGUUUGGGUGUUGCAGGACUAUGAUGCUGAAACCUGGGGCUUCAUGUACAAGAUUAACUUGUUAGCGAUGGAGGCAUCAACACUGCUUGAUUUGGGGAUCAAAUAUGUUCCUAGCAUGGCUGUGAUCAACGAGCGUGAGCUGUUGAUUGAGCAGUGUCCUAGCCGUCUCUUGCAUUGUGACAUUGAUGGAGUAUUUUUAGGAAACGUGGAAAGUGAAGAGCAUGAAAGCCACUUGACACUUACUAGGCAUCGCUUCCAGGAGAGCAUGAUUUCACUUUCAUUGUUUGAGACACAAAAACAAGAAGCUGUGAACAAGGAGCCUCUAUUUGCUAUUGUGCUAUAAGAUGCCAUGCUCCAUCUUAAUGUUUUGGACUACUUGUGCUUGUGCACUUGUCGUGCCCUGGAAGCACCUAUCCUGUAUGAAGCGAACAAUUUGGAUGGGGGAAUCGGCACUUCUAUCAUCAUUCGGUGCUUAAUAAUUCGAUCUUUCAUGUUCAGUGCACACCUUGGUCCUAUUGCUUUGUGUGGAGAUGUUUUUUCUCAGUCAUAUUUGGGAAGCUGCCUGUGAUCGGGGUUCUCAGCAUGGUUUUGUGUCUGAUUGUUACCGCAGCGGCAGUAAUUGGGUCACUGCAUCUGUUUUGGGUCCGAUUGUUGCUUCAGCGUGGUUAUUGUUAAGAGAUGGCAAGUACUUUGUUUCAUUGACCCAUGUCUUCUGUUACUUUGUUCUUAGAUGUUAUUACUGCUAAUAGAACGGAAUACUUUGUACACUGAUAAUAGUACUGCAGCAAACUUGCGUAGUUGGGUGUGAUUUGACACUCAACAAAGUUUUGUGGUUUCCGAUUGUUACUA